CCCCACCCGCGUCAACCAAACCCUAACUCGCCCCACCCCCAAAUCCCUCCCCGCCUCUCGAUCUCGCCGCCGCCGCAGCCAAAACCCUACGCCCUUCCCGCCGCCGCCACCGGUAAACAACCUUUCGGCUAUUCGUUUUGGAAAUGCCGUCUGCAUCCAAAUCCAAGGCAAAGGAUAGGGCAGCUGCUUUCAAAGCAGCAAAAGAGCAACCUAAGGUGGCUGUCAAGCCAGUGGGGAAUGGCACCGGUGCAAGUACUUUUAAUAACCUCUCUGGAAAAUUUCAUCUUUUGGAGCCAUCAUCCUCUUUGCUCGGUAGCCAGGGUAACGAAAAGUUGAGGAAUACAGAUGAAAUAGACGAGCAUUCUCGUAGCUCGCAUGGUACAGGGGACUUUGAUUGCACCUCAAAUAAUGGUAGCUGUUCUGGAGAGUCAGAAGAUACAAAGGAAAAAUCAACCAGCACUGCGCCUCGAGUGGACUCUAUUCCUGGAUGUGAUCUUGAUAAACGUGAGAAGAUCAGACAAAAGAAUGAGAAGAAGCAUCAACGGCAGAAGGAGAGGCGUGCCCAGGAAUUGCACGAGCGUUGCAAGGGAUACCUAAUGUCCAGAAAGUUGGAGACACUUGCUCAGAAGCUUGUUGCAAUGGGUUUCUCAUCAGACCAGGCAACGAUGGCCCUUAUACAUAACGAGGGCUGUCUUGAGGAGUCUGUUGCCUGGCUAUGUAAUUUUGAUGGCAGUGAUGAAACGAAGCAGCAAGCUGCAGCAGCUCAACAGUCUGGAGCUAAUUUGAAGAUUGAUAUAACUGAUGAGCUCGCAAAGAUUGUGAUCCUGGAGGCGAAAUUUAAGUGUACAAAGCAAGAGGUAGAAAGGGCUAUUGUUUCUUCUGAGGGUGAUCUAGAAAAGGCUGAGGAGGCCUUGAAGACCCAGAAGCAAGAAUCAGCAACAACCGCAUCUAAGCCUGAAGUGUCUGGUGAUUCAAGUGGCUUGGUUAACAAGCAGCAGGUCAUGCUUGCGCAGAACCCAGCAAGGCCUCAAACAAAUGGGUUCUCUUCAGUAGGGGCUCAGCAAAUGAGGAGAGAUGAGAAGGACCCAAAUUACAAGCUUUUAGUUAAUGGUAGUGGCCCAAAAGAACCUGCAGUUAAAGGGUUUCAACCAUUGGCCACAACAGUGAAGUCAGAUUUGGUCCGUCAACAAUUUUUUCAACCCGAGAAGAGGCGGGUUAUUGCCAAUUCGGUUCCAUCAGCUCCUUAUGUGACAUCAUCUCCGGUGCCUGUUGCAGUGCCACAAAUUAAGGCAGAAACACGACAUGUGGCAGCAGGCAAUGAGAUGAAAAGUGCAAUGCAUAACGGAAGCUUGCGAGAUCCGGUAGUUGUGAUGCAGCGUCCUCAAUCCGCAGCUGCCAAGCAAAGUCUACCAUCCACAAGCCAUAGUAUGUUUGCAUCAGAGCCACCUUCAAGGGAAUGGUACAUGAAUGGCGCAUCAGGGGUGGAUAUGAUGUUGAAUGGUGGUUUAGGGCAUGGACUACGUAAUAUGAGUUUGGAGAAUGCUAAUUCUGCCAAGCAGCAGUUCAUGCAUGCAAACCAUCAACAAAGUUUUGUUUCCAAUCCUGUGGAGCUGGCUGCUAAUGGUUGGGGUGGUACAUGGGGUCCUGGAGGUGCAUCAUCUUCCCAGGCUGGGGCGUCGGCACAUGGGACGUUCAGAGGAGGAUGGAGCUCAUCCGAGCCGUCUUCAGCUUUAUCUCAUGCUGAUUGGAGAAGCAAUGCGCCAGCACCAUGCGACUACACUUCAAUAGAUUGGAGCCUCGACACAACAUUGUUAAACCCUGCAGCGAAGAGCGAAUGGCUGUCAGACACAUGGUCAACCAUGUUCAUGGGUGGCAGAUCCACAAGGCCUGCUGGGGGGAACCUUGGCCUUGGUGGUGCAGGAGGCAUGAAUGGGUUGCAUGAGAGCAGCAGUGGUCUUCCAAUGGAGCCUGCUCCAUCACCCCGCCCUUAUGAGUGGCCUUCUUUCUGCAGGGGAGGAUCUUCCUAGUUCCGGAACCCUGUAGGUAAGAAAGAAGUCAUUGAAUAAGAAAAAAGUAAAAGAUGUCAUUUGUUUCUGUUCUUGUUUUUGUCUCGUUGGAGUUGGUUGAAAAGAGUUUUACUUCUUGUGUAUUGAACCGUGUUUGUGUACCUUUGACUGUUGGCCGAGAUAAGUCUUCAUUCUAUGGAGUCCAUGUGCAUGCAAAUGAAGAAAGAAAUUGAAGCUAUCUUUGCUGAAA